UGGAUGUUUUUGGGAGGUGAAGUAUUGUGGCGGCAAUGUUAUGGAGUUUCCGCUGCUACUCUCGUUUCAUGCCAUCAGGUUAGGGAGCUAGCAGAACAGCUAACUGGGCUAGCGUUACGUUAGGCCUUCAGUAAAUCAACUGAGGAGUUACCGCGGUGUUAUAAAUAUUCCUCCACCAAGCUGCAUGACAAUAUUUAAAAUACUAGAAAUAUGGUGGUUCUCAAAAUUCGAGACCAGCCUGCCUUGCUGAAAGCCAUCUUCAACGUAGACCCAGAUGAAGUACGCUCCCUCAUAUUUAAAAAAGAAGAUGUGAAUGCACAGGACAAUGAAAAGCGAACUCCAUUGCAUGCGGCUGCUUAUCUUGGUGAUGCAGAAAUUGUAGAGUUGCUGAUUCUUUCAGGCGCCAGGGUAAAUGCCAAAGACAACAAGUGGCUCACUCCUCUGCACCGUGCUGUGGCAUCCUGCAGUGAGGAAGCUGUGCAGGUGUUGCUGAAGCACUCUGCAGAUGUAAAUGCCCGAGACAAAAACUGGCAGACACCGCUUCACAUCGCUGCGGCCAAUAAGGCGGUCCGUUGUGCCGAAGCCCUCGUCCCUCUGCUUAGCAAUGUGAAUGUGUCUGAUAGAGCAGGCCGAACAGCACUGCACCAUGCCGCUUUCAGCGGUCACUUAGAGAUGGUGAGGCUCCUUCUUUCUAGAGGAGCCAACAUCAAUGCCUUUGACAAGAAAGACCGCCGUGCAAUCCACUGGGCAGCCUACAUGGGGCACAUAGAAGUGGUCAAGCUUCUUGCAUCUCAUGGAGCUGAGGUGGCUUGCAAAGACAAGAAAUCUUAUGCACCCCUACAUGCAGCAGCGUCCAGCGGAAUGAUCAACGUUGUCAAAUACCUGCUGGACCUGGGAGUAGAUAUCAAUGAGCCCAAUGCGUAUGGCAACACACCCUUGCAUGUUGCCUGCUACAAUGGACAGGAUGUGGUGGUGAAUGAGCUCAUAGAAUGUGGGGCCAAUGUCAACCAGGUGAACGAGAAGGGCUUUGCACCGCUGCAUUUCACAGCCGCCUCACGGAAUGGAGCACUCUGUCUGGAGCUCCUUGUGUGUAAUGGUGCAGACGUUAACAUCAAGAGUAAAGAUGGUAAGACUCCCCUGCACAUGACUGCCAUUCACGGGAGAUUUUCUAGGUCUCAAGCAAUUAUUGAGAAUGGUGCUGAGAUUGACUGUGAGGACAAGAAUGGAAACACACCACUGCACAUUGCAGCUCGAUAUGGACAUGAGCUGCUAAUCAACACCCUCAUCACCAACAGAGCUGACACAGCUAAACGAGGGGUACACGGCAUGUUCCCACUGCAUUUGGCAGCUCUCAGUGGAUUCUCCGACUGUUGCCGAAAGCUCUUGUCUUCAGGCUUUGAUAUUGAUACUCCUGAUGACUUUGGAAGGACCUGCCUACAUGCUGCAGCUGCCGGAGGAAACCUGGAAUGCCUCAAUCUUCUCCUGAACACUGGUGCAGACUUUAAUAGGAAGGACAGCUUUGGAAGAACACCGCUGCAUUACGCUGCCGCCAACUGUAACUACCAGUGCCUGUUUGCUCUGGUGGGCUCUGGGGCCAGUGUCAAUGACUUAGAUGAGCGGGGCUGCACUCCUCUCCACUACGCCGCUGCCUCUGACACAGAUGGAAAGUCCCUGGAAUACUUACUGCGAAAUGAUGCUAAUCCAGGAAUCCGUGACAAUCAGGGCUACAAUGCUGUGCACUAUGCCUCUGCGUACGGACAUCGCCUCUGUCUAGAACUGAUUGCAAGUGAGACACCUCUAGAUGUGCUAAUGGAAACCUCAGGAACAGACAUUCUGAAUGACUCGGAUGUCAGAGCCCCCGUCAGCCCCUUGCACCUUGCUGCAUACCAUGGUCAUCACCAAGCCAUGGAGGUUCUGGUACAGUCUCUGCUGGAUCUGGAUGUGAGGAACAGCCAAGGGCGCACACCCUUAGACCUGGCCGCAUUUAAGGGCCAUGUGGAGUGUGUGGAUGUCCUUAUUAACCAAGGCGCAUCCAUUUUGGUCAAAGACUUCACUUUGAAGCGAACGCCCAUCCACGCAGCUGCUACCAAUGGUCAUUCAGAAUGUUUGCGUUUGCUAAUUGGAAAUGCUGAUCUUCAAAGUGCUGUAGAUAUUCAAGACGGGAACGGCCAAACCCCGCUGAUGCUGGCAAUCCUUAGCGGACACACAGAGUGCGUAUACUCUCUGCUUAAUAAAGGAGCCAGUGUAGAAGCCAAAGACAAGUGGGGAAGGACGGCUCUGCACAGAGGAGCAGUGACGGGCCACGAGGAAUGCGUGGAGGCCUUGCUUCAGCACAGUGCCAAUUUUCUGGUGCGGGACUGUAAAGGGCGCACUCCAAUCCACCUGGCAGCAGCGUGUGGACACAUCGGGGUACUGGGAGGUUUGCUGCAUUCUGCCCAAGCAUUGGAGACCCUUCCCGUUUUAACAGACAACCAAGGCUACACACCACUGCAUUGGGCCUGCUAUAAUGGUCAUGAUACAUGUGUGGAGGUUCUGCUGGAACAUGAGGUUUUUCACAAAAGUGAAGGCAAUUCUUUCAGCCCCCUCCACUGUGCCGUCAUCCAUGACAAUGAAAGUGCUGCUGAAAUGCUGAUAGACACUCUCGGCUCAGCAAUAGUCAGUGCUACAGACAGUAAAAAUAGGACCCCCCUACACGCAGCAGCCUUCACUGAUCAUGUAGAGUGUCUCCAGCUGCUGCUGAGCCACAACGCUCAGGUCAACAGCGUCGAUGCUGCAGGGAAAACGCCUCUCAUGAUGGCCGCUGAAAAUGGCCAGACCAAUGCCGUUGAACUGCUGGUGAGCAGCGCAAAAGCAGAUCUCACUCUACAGGAUGCAGUAAAAAACACAGCUCUUCAUCUUGCCUGCAGUAAGGGACAUGAAACCAGUGCCUUGUUGAUAUUAGAGAAGAUUACAGACAGAAACCUCAUCAAUGCCACGAAUGCUGCCUUACAGACGCCUCUACAUGUGGCAGCAAGAAAUGGUCUGACUGUGGUUGUGCAAGAAUUGCUUGCAAAGGGAGCCAGUGUACUUGCAGUUGAUGAAAAUGGUUACACCCCCGCCUUGGCUUGUGCCCCCAACAAAGAUGUGGCAGACUGCCUAGCGCUCAUCCUGGCCACCAUGAUGCCUGUGUCUCCUUGCACCCCUGCACCUUCCCUCCCUUUCAGUGCCAUUAACCACUACACCACCAGCCCCUCUAAGAGCGUCACCUUCGACAGCCUGCCCAUGCCGCGCGGCGAGCACAGCUCCUACUGCAGCUUCAACAACAUCAGCCAUCACGAUGGUUUCUACAAAGACGAGGAGCUCAACGACUCUGACUCAGAGACGUACUGAGAGAUGGUACCAAGCGCGAAAUGCAUAAACACACAUUGUGUCUUAUCAAUCACCCACCGUGAGCUUGGGAGGCCAGAAGGUGAGACAAGCCCCCACAGGAGCCUUAAGAGUGACCCCACCCUCCCUUUCCCCCAGAGAGCAAGAGAGGGAGGAGGUGCAGCAGGCUGGCCCACAGUCAUCCCGACCUCAUCCAGCUCCAGGUAUUCUUCCCGGUGAUACUGGACCUCAGUGACUGCUGCUCUACCAGUACAGUGACUUGUCGAUUGCUAAAGAGUGGAUUUGUUUGGUGGACGGCGACCGUAUUACGGCAAUAACGUGCUGAAGAGGCGUGUUAACACUUCACGUGGCGCUAAACAGGGACCAAAAAACAGAUGAAAUAAUUUUAACCCAGUUCUGUUUUACAAAUUAAAAUCAAAUAAAUAAAAAUAUACAUUUUCAGGGGGUGUUAAAUUGGUAGAGGCACUUUUUUUUUUCUUCACUUAUGUUACAGUAUGUUGGUAUUUGACCACUACUUUUAUCAGAAUGCACUUGUCCUUCAAAUCUGUGAGGGCAACAUGUUUAUUUUUAAUCAGAAUUUUAAUAUGCCCUUGUUCAUGUCUUAAAAAUUUUUUUCUUCCUUUCUAUAUAAAAAAAAUUAAAAAUCUGAACUGACUGACAUGAAUAUUAAAAAAAAAACAUGCAUCAGAUUACUUUUAGGUUGAUCAACUUUGCCUUUGUACAUUGACUAUUGUGCUUUAGCCUUUAAAAAAAUAAAUUAUUUGUGUACUUUCGGUUUUAUUUAUGUCUUCAGUUUGUGCCUACUGAGGUGUGCGGCUCAGUUUCAUAAGGUGAAACACUGUAAACCAGCGAUUGGGCUGUUUGAUUUUUCUUCUGUUUGAAUAUUUUUUGCUCUUAUAGACAGUGUGACAGGUUUUGCUUGCUUUGAUGUCACAACAACAAAAAAAUUCAAGUCUGCAUCAUUCAAAAUUCUCCAUUCUGUUGAAAAAUAAUUUUUACUGGAAAUAUGUACAAUACAUUCUACUAGCUUCAUUUGAAUGGAGAAGAUUUUUUCUUUUCCACAAGAGAUGAAACUAGCAUGUAUAUAGAUACUGACUGUGAAUUCAGUGCACCAGUGAAUUCUUUGAGUACCUGAGAUUGCUGUAUAUUUUAUGAGUAAUAAAGAAAUGUUAUUUAAUAAUGAA